UUACUGAAAACUUGAAUUUCAUACUUAAAUGAUAUGAUUUGUAGCCUACAUCAGCAGAUAAUAUAUAUAUAUAUAUUUUUAUUUAUUCCUCAGUGGAUGUGUGGUUAUUGCUUUUACUUUAGUAAAAGAUCUGAGUCGCCUACUUCUUUCAGCGCUGAUGGUUGAUUCAUUCAGAUGGCCAGGAAGUUGUAACAAUAACAGGAAAGGUGUAUGUAGGCUGCCUGGCUAGUCCGGGAGUGGAACAAGGAAGUGUGGGCUGGGUUCUGUCGCAAAAGUGUAGUGUGGUGACUGUGAGCUGGAUCACUGGAUUCUUCGAGGACCAUUACAGCGGUAAUAUGGUCACUGGCCUCCCGGGGCUUUUAGUCCAGGCUAAUACAGAAGAGAAAAGACAACGAAGAUCCGAGUUGCUUUGAAAUAGGGUCGGGGAAAAGUAAAAGUUUUAAUGGCGAACAGGAGGAUAUGCUUAAAAGGCAUCUUCAUCUGCAUCCUGGUAGCAGGGUCACUCUUCUUUAUCUAUCUGAACUAUGACCGGAUGUUGGAGGUAAAGAGGGUUCCAUCAUCAGCACCAGAAUCAGCAUCAGAAUCAGCAGCAUCAGCACCAGAGCCACAAUGGGAGGAUCCUGGGCCGUAUCAUGUGGCCUAUCCACGAAACUACAAGUUUAUCAUGGACGACACACCGGCGUGCAAGAACACCACUCCUUUCCUGGUCCUGAUGGUUCCGGUUGCACCCAGUGACGUGACAGCUCGGGACACCAUCCGGAAGACAUGGGGAAAUGAGAAACUGGUUCUGGGCCAGCCGAUCGAGACUCUCUUCAUACUGGGCCGACCGGGCGGAGCUGAUGCUGAGCAGCAGCAGGAGAAGCUCAAACAGGAGAACCUGCAGCACCAUGAUCUGAUCCAGAGUAACUUCCAGGACAGCUACCGCAAUCUGACCAUCAAGACAAUGGUGAUGCUGGAGUGGCUGGCUGUGCACUGUGCCAAAACUUCCUAUGUCAUAAAGAUUGACUCUGAUAUGUUACUGCAUGUCCCAAAUUUGGUUAAACUGUUGCUGGAUCACAGAACAGCCAAGCAAAACUACAUGACAGGUUGUGUGUGGUGGAACAGCCCGGUUUUGAGAAACCCAUCGAGCAAGUUCUACAUGCCAACAAACGUGAUUGCUGAGCCAGAGUACCCUCCAUAUCCUCUGGGCAUGGCCUACGUCAUGUCCCUGGACCUGCCUGCCAAGAUCCUGGGAGUCACUCCUCAUAUUAAACCGAUCUUCAUAGAAGAUGCCUACCUGGGUAUGUGCCUAAAACUUCUGGGCAUUUCCCCUACCAACCCUCCUGAAAAUACUAUGUUUAUUGUCGACCCUAAGCAUCCUCUGAGCAGCUGCAGCCUUUCAAAAGUGAUCGCUAUGACAACGACAAGCAUCUCACAGAUGACGAGUUACUGGGAGAGGAGCAGACUGCCAGAAGCUAAAUGUUGAACUUCAUGAGGUUACCCAAGACUGAUUUUAGAAGAAUUUUAUUUUUUACUGAAUCUGACAAAUAUUGUACAGAAAUUACAAUAGAGCAUACAUAUUUUGAGUUUGCUGACAACAUGAAAGCACCUUGCUCCUUGGUUGGACAGAAAAAUGUCUUUUUGGGCCACAUUACAGAAAUCUCCUAAGUGUAAAAUCUUGUCUCAGUUUAGGAUGACAUUUAGGAUUUUUGGUAUUACAGAAACAUUCUGCAUUCAGGAACGAAACCCCAAGUAUGUUAGGAUAGGAAUUUAGCUAUUAGAUGCAUAUGCCGUGUACUACAUUCAAAAUAACUGCCAAAGUGGCAGCAGUACUGUUGUUAGGUCUGUAUGGCUGGUCCACCUUAAAAGGUCAGCCCACCUUAAGUGAGCCUAAGCCAACGAUGUUGCUAGCUCGGUAGCUAACCCCCUUUACUCUAAUCAGCAGCAGUAAUCAUCAGCGGACCAACUCUUUUCACAGAAUCGGUUCCUUCGAGUUUAUACAUGUAAAUGUAUCGAACCUUUUGAGUUUCAAUAACUUUUGCUAAAUGUGGCCUCAUUUUCUUCACGACCAAGUCUGUUAUAGUACGCGCACGUCACCUUUUACAACACAGCAGCUGCCCGUCCCUCAACACUUCUUGCAAUGCAAGCAAGCGGGCAAAGUUUAUUUAUAUAGCACUUUUCACAGACACCAGUCACAAAGUGCUUUACAAUCGAAUACUUAAAAUCUAAUACAGUCAUAUAGGCCUAAAUAAAGCAAAGAUAAAACCCCAAAUAAAAUAUACAAGGAGACACACGUUUAACACGUAUGCUACCCAAAUGCCCGUCUGAAUAGAUGGGUUUUUAGCUGUUUUUUUAAAGAGCCCACAGAGUCUAACAACCUUAAGUUUAUUGGGAGACUAUUCCACAGCUUAGGAGCUACCGACUUAAAGGCACCGUCUUCUCGAGUCUUAAAACACGUCCGAAGUACACUUAGAAAUGUCUCAAGUCUUUGUUCAAGUCUCUCUUGGUUAUAAUGAGUGUUGUAUCACCUGCUGCGUUCCAUCCAGGCUGCUCACAACACUGCAUAGCUAUAAGGAAUUUAAAAAAUGUAAUAUCAGCUUUGAUUAGUUGUUUGGUAUAUAAUCAGUGUAAACAGAUAAUGAAAAGAUUAUGACCAAAAAAACAGGAAUGCUUUACUUUUAAGUUAAUAACUAUAUUUUGCCUUGUAACAUGAACAUACAGUAGGCUACAGUACAGACCAAAUAUUGAGGUAGGCUACUGACCUAUUUGUCAUUUACAGAGCACAACCAUGUAAUGUGCACUGCGUCUACAACGUGUGUCACGUCGGGCAUAUUCUCCUAUUUUGAGGCUCCUAUGUGAUUUUAUUUCGUAAAGCCCUGUCAUGUUAAAUGGUGUUUAAGCAAGUGUGUGUUUGAAAUACUGUUAAUAUGUACAGAGUUAACUUUUGAUUGUGUAAUGUCUUCCGCCAGCUGUACUAUUUUGUUAAUAGAAUUAACAGCAUUCUGCUUAUAUGUUAGCAUUCAGCUAGCCUAGAAAUCUAGACUCACCCUAGCGGCAGCAAAUGUAAUUUGCAGCCAGGGUCAUCUAGCAAGUCUCCGUUGGCUUGCGAGCUGGAAA